AUGGCAGACCAAGAAGGUCAGAUCGUCGAAUUCGCAGGCCUGAGCGGCGCAAGCCCCGAAGAGGCCAGACAAUAUCUUGAGGCUCACAACUGGAAUCUCGCCGAAGCCAGUAACGCCUGGUUCCGCGACGCCGAAGAUGAUGGCCGCGACACAUCUACAGCUCCCGCUCCUGUUCCUGACAACUACACCGGCCCUCGAACCCUCGAUGGUCGACCUGCCCCAGAGGCUGCACGUAGUAGCAGCCAAGCGACUCGCAAGAGCGCCCCAUCACAGCAGAGAAAGACGGGAAUUGCUACUCUAGGAUCUAUUGGCAGCUCAUCCCACCAGCAUGACCACGGAGACGAUGACGACGACGAUUCCGACCCCGAAGACGAUGAUGGACGAGGAAAUCUGUUUGCGGGUGGUGAGAAGUCUGGACUGGCUGUUCAAGACCCCAAUCAGCAAGAGGCUGGCCCAAAGAAGAUCAUCAGCGACAUUCUUGCCAAGGCACGAGCUAACGCUGCUCGCCCUGAGGCCGAGAACGAAGCCGGCCCCUCUGAACCCAGUCGUUUCCGAGGAACAGGACAGACCCUAGGUGGUGAUGGUGUUGAGAGCCGCAGCAUCCCUGAUCCUCUCGGUCCCGUCCGCGCUUCCAACGCCGAAUCUCAAGAGCGAGUUCUUCACAUCUGGCAGGAUGGUUUCAGCAUUGAUGACGGAGACCUUCGACGAUUCGACGACCCCGCCAACCAGGCCGACCUGGCAUUGAUCCGAUCUGGCCGAGCGCCACUUCACCUCAUGAACGUACAGCAUGACCAGCCUAUCGACGUCAAGCUUCACCAGCACGAUACCCCGUACCAGCCUCAGCCCAAGCAGUACAGACCUUUCGGCGGUUCUGGUCAGCGACUUGGAGCUGUUGUGCCUGGUGCUUCAGAGGGCUCUAGCUCUACUACUGCUGCCCCAGCCGCGGCUUCUUCGUCCUCCAACGCUCCGUCCGUCGAUGAUUCUCAACCAACCGUUAUGAUCCGAAUUCAGAUGCCCGACGGCACACGUCUACCUGCGCGAUUCAACACUAACCACACUGUUGGCGAUAUUUACGGCUUUGUUCAGGGCGCUUCAGCAGAGACACGAUCCAGAUCAUGGGUGCUCUCCACGACAUUCCCCAAUAAGGACCACACUAAUCACAGCCUCGUCCUAGGGGAGAUGUCCGAGUUCAAGAAGGGAGGCACCGCCGUUGUCAAGUGGACUUAG